UCCAACGCUGAUUAUGGUAUACAAGGGAAGGCCGGACCACUGAAGCAGGCCAUUGGUAAGACUGACAGCUUGUACAAGUAUAUCAAUUGGGAAGAACCUUCACGAACUAUUAGUUCAUACAUCGGUGCUCUUGCUUUCCUCUCUGGUCUUCACUACUUUCCGCUUACGCAACUGGCUUUGAAGGCGAGUGCUAUCGUAUUUGGAAUUAUGUCUGUUGCUUCAUUCGUGACCCGAUCAUUCAACACCAAAACCGCUGGUCGUCUUGCACCUCGAGAGUACAAGCGCAUCCCGGAAGACACUCUUAACGCAACGUUAAAAGAUGUCCACGACUUCGUCCAGUAUGCCGUUGUUCAAGUUCAGAGGAUUGUUCUCGGCGAAGACCUGAACAAGACUUUCGCGGCCUUCGUUGGUUCCACUGCACUUUAUUGGCUCAUCAAGGUUGUAUCACCGUUUGGACUGUCUGUAAUUGGUUUGACCUCGGUCUAUUUGGCAACUCUUCUUACAUCUCCCCGUGGCCGUGAAGCCGCCCUUGAUGCAAGCGCACGCGCUGGAGAAAUUGCCAAUACAGCUGCCCAAAGCGGAAAGCAAAUCGCUCAAGAUGGUGCGAAUCAGGCCGCAGCAUUUUCAUCCAAAGCACGAGAUACCGUCACGGACGUUGGUCGACGCUCCCUUGACACUGCUGGAAGCAAUAUCCAAUCUGCAAAGAAACAGGCCAAACGAGCCGCUGGUAACGCACAAGGCACCGCUCAGAGCGCAACC